ACUUGGCUCGUUUGCACCCCUUGUAUCUCAUUCUCUUGGGUUGUUGUUCUCCUGUGUCCGUAUGGCAUCUGUAUAACUGUAUUGUACAUUUGUACACUACUCCGUACUACUCUAAUACGGAGUAACCAGUUCGGUACCAUUUCAGCAACAUCAGUAUAUUUCUGUUUAGGGUCUCCUGCUAUCAGAGCGGCGAUUUCCCGAUAGCUACGUCAUUCCUGAUUCCCAUGCUUCUCAAGCCAUGAGUGUGGAAGGACAAGGCGGAUAUUAACACUUCCUCACAUUCUGACAAGUGUAAGAGAAGUUUCAAGCUAACUAUCAAGAAAGGCAGCGAAAAUGUUUUCUCUGAUGUAUGGGUUCUGGAAGUACAUGUUCAGCAAGACGGAAUUUCAUGUUCUUAUUCUUGGUAUUGACAAGGCUGGGAAAACGACUUUACUGGAAAAAUUGAAAGAACUGUACUUAAACUUGGAAGGCCUUCCACCCGAUCGAAUUGUUCCAACUGUGGGGCUCAAUAUAGGUCGCAUUGAAGUUGGAAACGCCAAACUUGUGUUCUGGGACUUAGGUGGCCAGCCUGGCCUUCGUUCAAUAUGGGAGAAAUAUUACGAAGAAGCCCAUGCUGUCAUUUAUGUUGUCGAUGCAAAUGCACCAACUCGUUUUGAAGAUUCAAAAUCUGCACUAGAAAAGGUUCUCCGACACCAUGAUGUGCAAGGUGCUCCUCUUCUGAUACUAGCUAACAAGCAGGACCUUUCUUCCGCAGUUUCAUCUGAAGAAGUAGCUCGUUACCUGGACCUGAAAAAGCUGGAUGAAAGGCUAUAUAUGUUUGAAGCUGUUUCGGGAUUUGAUGGUAGAGGGAUAAAGGGAAGUGUAGAUUGGCUUGUGGAUGCUAUGGAAAGAAGUAAAAGGUCUGAAAUGCUGAGAAGCCGUACACCUGCUGCUUGAAAGAAUUUGUAUCGAAAAUAGUGUGAAUUUGCUUCAUUUAAACCAUUGUACAUAGCUCACAACCAUGUUUCUGGACCAUCUUAUCAGGUGGUGGUUGUAUUCAAAUUUUGGUUUGUAGUUUCACAAAAGAUGCUUAUAAAAUCUUUUGACUAGUUUAUCA